AUGAGCUGGACAAGCCGCUUGUUAUCGUUUUCACGCGAUGAGCGAGUAAUCUUGGUGACCAUCGGCCUGGCCACUUUUGGCCUGGUUAGCUCGAUGAUCACAGCUCUCACACUCAUCCGAGACGACAAUGAGAUUCCGCCGUCGGAGCCCAAGACCCAGUACAUUACGCAGGAUACCGAAGACUCGCUCCAGCUAGAUACGCUAGAAAAGCUCUUGGAUCAUCCUAAUUUUUCAAUCAAGGAAAUUGCCAUCAAGAUACUUUGCGAUAGAGCGGCCAACGACCCCGAAGUAAUCAAGUAUAUCUGGUUCGGCAUCACUCGACCAGAAUAUGAAGAGCGUAUGAACUCUCUCAGAACACUAGCUGUGCUUACGAGCCAAACUGGUAAGAAAAUCAAGGGUCGUCAUAUUGAACUACGUGCUCAUAGCAUAGUCAUAGGGAACGAGGGAUUGGCAAGACUGCAUGAUGAGAGAGCAUACUCAGCCUUGGUGAGGUGCAUGGAGCUGUGCAUGGAAAGCACCGACCUCCCGACUGUUACUGAUAUCCAUUGGGAUGAAUACUACCUGCGGGAUAUGGGCGAGAGAUUCUGCCUUAUGUUUCUAACGGAGCUGAUCAACAAAUACGGGGCCACCAUGCUUGUCAAAGCAAAAUUUGUCGAGAAGUGGCUUUCAAAGCAAGAUUGGGGGAGCACUGGAGAGGAAAGACGGCGCAACUUUAAAGAUUACACGGAUCUUCGGAACAACAGAAUAACGGAUAUCAUUAACCGCAUCAAGCACUCCCGGCGUGGACUACGUGCCUUGGAAAAAGCCGGGCUGAUCGAUAAGGAAAGUUCUCGACGGCGAAUGAGGGAGCUUCCUGAUCUUCUCAUGGAAGUUGAAGAGGAAAUAGUAGGAGAACAGGCAGGAGAGCAGCAAAGCCGACGGACAAGGGAACAUUCCGCCGAGGAACAGAGACUUCGACGCCAGCAUCGCGAGGCUAUGGUUUUGAACGAUGGAACACGGCCCCUGGGACGAGAGGACAUAAUCGAACGAGAUGCUUCUCCAUCGUAA